CUUGAUACAAUUCAAAUUCGUUCAUUAUCAUUAUUGCAAAUACUGUUUUAUUGAUUAUCAUUAAGAAUCAUUAUUGCAAAUAUUGUUUUAUUUGAUUAUCAUUAAGAAUUAUUUCGUAUUAAUCAUUAAUUAAACUUUAUUGAUUAAAUAAUUCGUUAUUAUUUUCUUAUUACGAAUUUUUUAAUUGUUUACGGGAAAUUUUUUUUUUCUGUUUGAUUAGGUGUCUACAGUCCAUCAGUGGGAGAGGGACUGUAUGUGAAGUGUUUGAUUGUUCUAUCCCUGUUCCCACUCUCCCUACCCUCCCCGUAAUCUGUGACCACCGGGAUGUCUCAAGUACCACAUCAGCAAAAGCUGAUGUCGAUGGAACAGGACACCGGGGCACUGCCACGACGCAGUGCCAGGCUUGCAGUUCGUACACGCCCUGUGGUACCUCCAAGACCCAAGUAUCAGCAACAGCGGCUCAGCAAGCGGACGACUACAGCGGCAUCGAGUACAGCACUGACAGUACCGGUUACCACCGGAGUUCUUCCCGCAUGUCCGGUCCAAGGGGCCCUUGAACCGUUGGCUGACUACCUUGGGCGGCUACARGUAUUCACUGAUGCCGUAGCUACCGCCAAGGYUCAGCAGGAGGCAGCAGAGGCAGAACGUCAGCGGCUGGCCAAUGAGGCGGCAGCCCAAGCUCAGCAGACUGCUGAGGCUGACGCAGCGGCACGAGACAGACGGAAUGCCGCCAGCACGGAGUCUCUGAUUCAAAAUGAGAAUCAGUGGACAACGCUACUCCAAGGCAUGUUCUUUGUGCCUACGGAAGCGCAGGCAGCUCCGACACAGGUGGACGUAGAGAGAAGUAACCUGGCUACCCUGAUGUUGAGCAUGAUGAGGGGAGUAAUGUGGAACAACAAACUGCUCCAGGCACACCUGCUCACGGAACGACAGCAACGACAAAAGCACCAACAAGAGGUGGCUGCUUUGACGGCCGCCGUCCGCGACGCAGCAACACAGCGGCAACAACAGCAACAACUGUUGAACUCCACUCUCGCACGCAUCAACAGCAUUGAGGCAACGGCCUCAGCAGCGCCAGGCUGCACGACAGACGCGACGAAGCAGCUCAAUGAGCGCAUCGAUCACGUCGUCACCAUCAUUGGCGACCUAGGUGAUUUCACUAGUCCGGCCACGAUCAGCAGCACGGUGGCCGCCAUCAAGACGAGCAUCACCAAACUGCAGACAAGACCGGACGCUGCUACAAAGAAUUACAAGAUGCCGCACUUCGACAUCAGCAAGUUCGACGACUACAACAAGUCGGACGCCUUGACAUGGUGGCAACGUUUCCUCACGGAAGCAGCAUGCUGCACUGUCCCGGCUGACGACAUGAUGAAGGCGCUCUACUUACAACUGAUUGGAGGAGCGCAGGCCUGGAUGAACCAUCUGGCGGCUACCAAGAAAUGCACCAUCGCCGGACUCCACACGCACAUCCCGUGGAAGGAGUUCGAGAAGCUAUGGUUCACUCGAUUCAUGGUCCGCAACGUCGUGAAGGCGGCCAUGAACGAGGUGUACACCUGCUCUCAAGGGAGUAUGCCAACUCGAGACUGGACAACCAAGUGGCAAAAGAUAGUGACCACGCCAGGCUUCGAUUUGACAGCAUCCUCGAGUGAUGGAGGAAUUGUAGCAGCGCUCCCGCCGAAGCGUCCCAAGAGAGUUCGGAAGAACAAGGCGACACAAGAGACGGCAUCGACGGGAACUGGGCAGCAGCCAUGGACGGCAUACAAAACAACCAAGGAAGUAUUUGACUUACGUCAACGUGUCACGAGGACGGUUGGCAUCCGGUCGAGUAUUUCYCCCAAAAGGUGCCUCUCSUCAACACUCUCGACGACGCUAGGAAGAAAGAGCUACUCACGUUCGUCACCGUUCUCAAACGGUGGCGCCACUUUCUUCUCGACCCUCGGCGUUUUAAAUGGAAUACGGACACCGACCUUUUACAAAACGCAGGAUACGGUCACUAGCACGAUCGGUCGAUGGAUGUAUUACAUCGACCAGUUCGACUUUGACCCGUGCCACAUUCCCGGUCCCGCCAAUCGAGCUGCGGACGCCCUCUCACGACGGCCCGAUUUUUGUGCCAUUGUGACCACGACAUUCGACCUCGAUGACGAUUUGCAGCCGCAUUUUGUCAAAGGCUACAAGUCCGAUCCGACUUACUCUACGCUUUACACGGAGCUGUCAUCGGAUCACCCGCCGGCUAGCCACUAUCGGAUUUCCGACGGCUUCCUUCUCCUUCACACGAGAGGAAAGGACUUGUUAGUUGUGCCCCAAGAUCGCAUCUUACGGACUCGUCUUCUCGACGAAUUCCACGACGCACGACUUUCGGCACACCUUGGCGUGAACCGCACAUUAGCACGCCUCCGCCAGCGUUUUCAUUGGCCCGACGUCCUUCAUGGCGUCACGAGGUACAUUGAGUCAUGUGCAGUUUGCCACCGUAACAAGGGUCGAUCUCGAGUCCCCUUCGGCGAACUGAAACCAUUGCCGAUUCCUCGGGCACCGCGCCUCUCCAUUGUUAUGGACGUAACAGGCCCGUUCCCCCGCGAUCGCCAUGGCCAUGACGGUAUUCUCACGGUUGUUGACCGUUUGAGCAAGUAUGCUCGCUUCCUUCCUUGCAAGUAUCAUGCUGUAGCGCCUGAGCUCGCACAACUCUUGCACACCGGUUGGAUUACCAACCAGGGUGUUCCGGAAGACAUAGUGAGCGACCGAGAUACUCGCUUCAUGUCGGCUUUUUGGACUUCCCUCAUGGCUGAGUCCGGUACGACAAUGAAGUCGAGCUCGGCUCGGCACCCGCCGACGGAUGGCCAGAUGGAGCGAGCGCACCAGACCGCUCAGAUGAUGUUGCGUACGCUCAUCCGUCCCGACCAGAAAGAUUGGGUUCACCGGCUUCCCGACAUCGAGUUCGCCUAUAACACUUCGGUGCACCCGGCGAUCUGCGUCACACCAUUCGAGCUACAUCAUGGUGGAGAGAAAGCACGGAUCUUCGCUGAUCUGCUUUUGCCACAGGCUGCCGACAUAGACGUCCCUUGCUCUCCCGCUUCCGUUCGGAAGUACCGGGACUUGCUGAUCAAAGCCCGCGCGAAUAUGCAGAAGGCUCAAAUCCGCAUGCAGCAGCAAGCUAACCGACGUCGACUUCCAUGUCCUUUUCACGAGGGAGACCUUGUUUGGGUCCUCUCCGAGGAAUUUGCGCUCGAGCAGGACGUUUCACGCAAACUCCUUCCGAAAUGGUUCGGACCAUGGGAAGUCACUUCUGUCGUUGGAGACAACCUCGAAGGUCCUUCCUUCGUGAUCAACAUUCCCCGCACCUUACAGUGCACUGGGUCUUCCACUCGUUGAAGCUGGCCAUCUACACGCCACCUUCCGCCGACGAGUUCCCCGGCCGUCGAUCACAGGAUCUGCCUUCUAUGGAAGGACAUCAGGAAGU